GUUUUGUUAUGCAGUCUUGAUUUCAUCAAUUCAACACAUAAAAAGGAGAUGAGUAGCUUCAACGGAGAGUCCAUGGAUGAUUUCAAAGGCCUCCGAAUAACUCAGCUUGAUGAUGAUGACGAUGAGGAAACUGCGGUGGAACCGACAAACAUGGAUGAAUUUGAUGAUGAUGAUGAGGAAGAUGACGAAGAUUAUGAACCUGUGAUGUUAGGUUUCGUAGAGAGUCCUAAAUUCACUUGGUCAAAUCUUCGUCAACUGUUCCCUAAUCUAGCUGGUGGUGUUCCGGCAUGGUUGGAUCCAGUUAAUUUACCUUCAGGGAAGUCAAUUUUAUGUGAUUUAUGUGAAGAACCUAUGCAAUUUGUACUUCAGCUUUAUGCUCCGUUAACGGAUAAGGAAUCAGCUUUUCACCGGACAUUAUUUCUCUUCAUGUGUCCAUCUAUGUCUUGUCUCCUUCGUGAUCAACAUGAACAAUGGAAACGUGCCCCCGAGAAGGCUAUGCGGAGUACGAAGGUUUUCCGUUGCCAAUUGCCUCGGGUUAAUCCUUUUUACUCGAGUGAGGCUCCAAAGCACGAUGGAACAGACAAGCCAUUGGGAGAUGGAGCUCCGCUUUGCACUUGGUGUGGAACGUGGAAAGGAGAUAAACUAUGUAGUGGCUGCAAAAGUGCUCGAUACUGUUCACAAAAACACCAGGCCCUGCAUUGGCGUUUAGGUCAUAAAACCGAAUGCCAACAGCUUCGAACGGUUAUUGAAACAUCUGAAUCAGGCCGAGUCAAUAAUGGGGUUGCUCUAACUCAAAAGCAGAAAGUUGCGAGUAAGAGUCUAUGGAAAGAAUUUGUAAUGAUCAACGAGGAUGAAAGUGAGUAUGAUACAGAGAUGUCAGGAGAUGAUGAAAUAGCUAAACCUUUGGUCUCAAAGAGAGAAGUUGAUGACCAAAUGAAAUCGCUAAUGAACGAUUUUGAGGGAGAUGCUGAUAAAAAGACUUGGGUUAAUUUCCAGCAACGUGUAGCCAAAGCACCUGAACAAGUUCUAAGAUAUUCCCGGAGCUCUGGUGCUAAACCCCUUUGGCCAAUAGCAAGCGGACGAGUCUCUAAAUCUGAGCUUCCCAAUUGCAAAUCUUGUGGUGGUCCUCGUUGUUUUGAAUUUCAGGUUAUGCCACAGCUACUGUUCUUCUUCGGCGGGAAAAACGAUAGGGACUCUCUCGAUUGGGCAACAAUCGUGGUGUACACGUGUGAGAACUCGUGUGACUCGAGCUUAAGCUACAAGGAAGAGUUUGUCUGGGUUCAACUAUACAGUCAAACAACUUAGGGAUAUUCUCUAUUUCCUGGCUGUUGCCUCAAAAGUUUUGUUCUUAACCGGAUUCAGUCCGGACUUAAUAUUUGUAAACUUUUCAUGGGUUUGUUACUUUGUUUGUUUAAA